CGACGAUAAAGCGCCUCUAUCAGGUAUGUUAUAUGUGUACGAAACAGAAUAUUACCUGGCGAGGUGCUGAUUCAGUUCCAGACUCCAAAUUCAGCCGUGAUGCCCCCAAUGUGGUGCACAUGACAGUCAAACCCCAGGAACUUGUCGAUGAGGAGGACGCCAAAGGCUCUAAGCCACAAUACCCGCGGGAACGUGAAGCCAGUGAACGCAGCCCGGGGUGUCGCUGCAUAAUCCAAUAAAUUCAUUGGCUCUUGUAUUUGCACAUACCAAUGAUGGGGAUUGCACGCUUACCCAGCUCCGACGUAACCCAGCCUUCCGGUUCGGACAAUGCACGUCUGUGGUCUAUUAAAUAUCGCAAGAGGUCUUGUCUAAUUGGUAUACUCUUGGGCGCGAUGGACUCGUUAUGCUCAUACCCCCAUCUGUCUAUCUUGUUUUGGGUUUUCCCUCUUUCAUUUGUGAGCGCUUUGGCAUGGCCAUCGCUCUGUGGCCUUGAUGCGGGAUAUCUACUUGGCCACUUGUGACCGUAAACAGGGACGGCGUUCCGGUUAUUAGUAUUUGCUCUUCCAGCACUGAGGCAUUUGUGUGGUAUUCCUAGUGUGUUCUGGUUCUAUGGUUUUCAUUUGUUUGCAUAACCACUUGAGUUGCUCGACGCUGCUCUUGCCCUUCACCCCGUUCGUAUAUACCCUAUUUCUUUGAUCCUCCAAGCUGUUGUUCGUCAGCAUGUGUCUACAUAUUAGCAGAUUCUUCAUAUUCUUUUUUCAUAUUCUUUUUCAUAACUAAGCACAAUACUGGUUUUUCCAACC